AUGGCGACAAGUGUGACCUAUGUGAUGACCCAGCCGGAGACUGUUCUGAGGAUGGGCGACAGUGCCAUCAUCAAGGCCUGCCCGAAGCGUGAAAAUGUGAUAGUGAGAAAAAAGUCAAAAACUCUGCCGCUCGCAGAAUCCAACAACACCAACAUCGUGCUGGUCACGAACGAGUGCCGGCCGGUGAAGAGGAUCAAGGGCUCACCGGAAGCCGUGGCGAAGUCCAAAGGCGCCCCUCAGCCUCUGGCCGUGGCCAAGAGGAACGCCCGCGAGAGGAACCGCGUGAAACAGGUGAACAAUGGCUUUGCGGCGCUGCGACAGCACAUCCCUGACGAGGUCGCUGAGGCUUUCGAGGCGGCUGGGAAUGGGCGCGGAGCUUCCAAGAAGCUCAGCAAAGUGGAGACUCUGCGAAUGGCCGUGGAGUACAUCCGCAGCCUGGAGAAGCUGCUCUCGCUCGACUCCUCGUGCGACUCCAAUCAGUCCUUCAACUUCCAGUGCGACUCCUCGCUGCUGUCCACGUCGCCGCCGCUCUCGGACUGCGGCGGCGGCUUCUCCACGUCCUCAGUGCUGGAGGAGGAGCCCACGCUGGUCUCCUACCCCCUGCCGGACAUCACCAGCAUCAAUGGGGCGCAGUACAUCCGUAUCCCGGGCACGAGCACGUACCAGCUCCUCGUGGAGUCACCCUAUGUGCUGGAGAACGAGGAGAACGUGCAGCCCAUCACCGUCAUUCCGCCACACUUGGGCCUCGAGUACAUUAACGAUCCCAUCCAUAUCGCAACACCUGCAUCAGUUUCACCGGGCGCCUUCAGUGGGCAAUCGUCGCUCUCACCUGCCGAUGGUGCCUUGAGACUCAAGCGCGACACGGGCCACUUUCCGCCGUCCCCCUCGCAGCCCGCCGCGUCCUGCGAGGAGUUCAUCCCCGCCAACUACGCGGCCACCCUCACGCUCAAGGCGGAGCUGCGCGACGACGAGGAUCUGCUGGACAACGACGUGUCCGAGGAGAGCAUGAUCGAGGCCAUUGACUGGUGGGAUCACCAGCGCCCCGAGGAGGCCGCCUAG